UGACAUUAUCAAAAUUAUAUAAAGUAAAUCAGAAUUAUCAUAAAUUAAAAGUUAACAAACCAUUUAAUUUAAAAGUUUAAUUAAUAAUAUAAGUUAAUAUUUUCAUUAUGCAUCUAUAUACACAAAUAAUUUUAUUCUUGUAUUAUUAUAUGCAGAUUCUCCAUCAUCAAUGCUGCCAUCAUUAACUGAAACAAGUCCACUUUCACCGAUAAAAAGUGAAAUACAUGCGGCAGGAAGAAGAUGCAGAGAAAAUUCUGGAGAAAGCACAGUGAGCAGAUCACGUGGACGAGGCAGGCGAAACACAUCAUCAUCACCAGCACAACACGUUCCAGAGCCUGCCACGGACAGAGUCUUCAUCUGGGACCUGGAUGAGACAAUUAUUAUUUUCCAUUCGCUUCUAACUGGCACUUAUGCUACUAAGUACAAUAAGGACACACAACAGAUAAUACAAUUAGGAUUCAGAAUGGAGGAAAUGAUAUUCAGCUUAGCUGACACACAUUUCUUCUUCAAUGAUGUUGAGGAUUGUGACCAGGAGCACAUAGACGCAGUAGCGGCAGAUGACAAUGGUCAAGAUCUGUCCGCAUACAAUUUUGCAUCGGACGGUUUCCACGCGGGCGCGGCACCUAACACCGGCCUAUGCGCUCCUGGUGUUCGUGGCGGAGUAGACUGGAUGCGAAAACUAGCUUUCCGGUACAGAAAAAUUAAGGAUACAUACAAUAAUUAUAGGAAUAGCGUUGGUGGUUUACUUGGUACAGCGAAACGUGAACAAUGGUUACAACUACGCGCCGAGUUAGAACAUGCCACUGACAACUGGCUCACACUAGCUUGCAAGUGCCUCAACAUGAUCCAUGCUCGGGAAAACUGUGUUAAUGUUUUGGUUACAACAACGCAACUAGUACCGGCUCUCGCUAAGGUUUUAUUAUUCGGACUAGGGGGCGUUUUCCCCAUUGAAAACAUCUAUUCCGCUACAAAAACAGGAAAAGAAACUUGCUUCGAGAAAAUAAAGCAACGUUUCGGCGAGAGAUGCACUUACGUCGUCAUCGGAGACGGUCAAGACGAAGAGGCAGCGGCCAAAGCGAAAAACUAUCCAUUCUGGCGGAUAUCCAGUCAUUCCGACAUCGCAGCGCUGUACAACGCUCUCGACAUGGGCUUCUUAUGAUUUGCUGCUACCUUGGUACAUUUGACGCUUAAACUUAGACUAUAAUUACAAAAUAGCAAAUAUUUCAAGUCGACUCUAAUGAGUUUCUGCUUGCCUGGUACAUAUCUUUAUUAGAGUAACUAUGAUUUUUCUGCAACUGGUAUAAAAUUGUAACAUGAAAUUUAUUUCUUAUUAAAUAUGAAAUUAUAUUUUAUUGAUAUUAAGCAAUCAAUAUGGGCAUUUUUAGAAAAUCUACAAAAUGAUCCCAGAAGGCUCUUUUAAGUACAUGUUUGUGAUCAAUAAUUUUAGAGCCAUACUUUAAGCCAACUAUAUAAAGCUAUACAAUUUAGUUUAAAAGCUCAAAGUUAGCUCAAAAUCGGAAAAGAAACCUACACAUAAUUCUUGUAAAUAUUACAAAAAAUGUAGAAAAUAUCUAUGCAGAGUUUUUGUAAGUCCAUUCCUACUAGUAAGUUUAUAUUCUAUGUACAAAGUAAAUUAGGAAAAUGUAUUUAUAGAUGAUUUUCAGAGUUGAUUUUAUUUUUUAUUAUAUAUAUUUUUUAAUAUUUAAUAUCGGAAAAAUACCGUUCAAAUAAACAAUAAGGUCUAAUCAUAAAGAAAAAAAUAUCUCUGUAUAUUAUUACAGAAAAUAAAUCUUCAUUUUUAUAAGAGUAUUUCCCACUAUCAAUCGACGUGCACAAACUAAAUAUGUUUAAUAUUUUUUCCCCUGUCAAUCUUAUCGCAAACUACAUAAGGUUAAAAAUUAUAUCCAAGAAUUUUAUUUGAAUGUAGCUUCCC